AACGUCGUCCUAGCCUGCCUGCCUGUCCUUGGCUUGGCCGCUCUGUGUACAUGCCCCGUCCCUGAUUGUCAUCACUAUUGCGUGUGUGAGAAGGACACACUCACACAAACGGACAUACUUUUGCAGUGUGAAAGAUGUCCGCCAGCUCGCAGUCCGCCAAAAGCAAAAAGGACGAGUCAUUUCUGGGCAGACUAGGGGGCACGUUGGUUCGGAGGAAAAAAGCUAAAGAAGUGAGUGACCUCCACGAGGAAGGCAAGAAUGCCAUCAACGCGCCGAUGCUCCCCUCCGGGACGGACGUCCAUCCAGAGGACACGCUGCUGGAGGAGAAUGCCGAAAGAAUUAUGCUAGACCCGACGUCGAGGGAGAACCCCAAAUUUAAAGAUCUUCUGAAGGUCCUCAUUGACUGGAUCAAUAGUGAGCUGGAGGAAGACAGGAUUAUUGUGAAAGACUUGGAGGAAGACUGCUAUGACGGACAAGUGUUGCAGAAGCUGUUUGAAAAGUUGUCGGGUCGCAAGCUGAACGUGGCAGAGGUGACCCAGUCGGAGAUCGGACAGAAGCAGAAGCUCCAGACAGUUCUGGAGGCCGUAAACGAGCUGUUACGUCCUCACGGCUGGUCCAUUGAGUGGAGUGUUGACUCCAUCCACUCCAAAAACCUGGUGGCCAUCGUGUACCUUCUCGUGUCUUUGGCCAUGCACUUCCAGGCAGCCAUUAGGCUGCCUGAGCACGUAUCGGUCAAAGUGGUGGUGGUCAAGAAGCGAGAGGGUAUGCUGCAGACUGCCCUUGUCAACAAGGAGUUGACUAGCACCACAGAGAUGAUGAUGGGAAGGUUUGAAAGAGAUGCUUUUGACACACUUUUGGAUCAUGCGCCGGACAAACUCAAUGUGGUCAAAACGUCUCUCAUUACCUUUGUAAACAAGCACUUGAACAAGUUGAAUCUGGAAGUCACUGAGCUGGAAUCUCAGUUUGCAGAUGGAGUUUACCUGAUCCUCUUGAUGGGGCUGUUGGAGGACUACUUCGUGCCUCUGUACAACUUUUUCCUCACCCCUGAGAACUUUGACCAAAAGGUCCAUAAUGUGGCAUUUGCCUUUGAGCUCAUGCAGGAUGGCGGCCUGAAAAAGCCUAAAGCAAGACCAGAAGAUGUGGUCAACCUGAACCUCAAGUCCACCCUUAGAGUCCUUUACAACCUGUUCACCAAUUACAAGAACUCUGAGUGACAGCUCAACUCGCAUCUCUGACACAAGCCUUCUUGUCUAUUUAUGAGUGUGAGGUGACAAACAGGGACUAGUCACCGUGUUGUCAAAGACCAUAGGGAAUCUCGCUUUUGGAAUCAUCCCACUUGAUCUUCUAUUUAUUUAUUCCUGUCACAAAAAAAUGUUUGAAUGCGCACCCAACUCAAAAAAACCUGCAUUGUACACGCUCUAAAACGCUGUAUCUCAUAUGCCAAUUGUUUUGUGCAAAAAUUAAAGGCACUUUUUUUUCACAAUUUAAAACAGUUCUAAUUUGCUUUAAUAUAAAAAUACUCCAAGGAUCAAGAACUAAGGACCGGGGCCGGAUCUAUGGGUGGGCCAGGGUGGGCACGGCCCACCCAGAUGUGAGUCGUGCCCACCCAAUCAAAAUGUCGGUGUUCUGUUAUGCAUAAAAGAUUGAUGGGUUUUGUGAUUGAAUACCUGAGUUUAUUGCUUUUACGUCUUAUUAGCAUCACCUAGUGGACGCCUUAAUUUACUGCAUCCCAUGUGCAUUUUAUUUGAAAGAAACUGUCACACGGAUGUUCAGUAGUUGUUCAGUAGGGAAUCACACGACGACGGCCGCAGUCAGUUCGCACCAUCUCUGUGACCACUUUGCCUUGAAUUUGAGGUUGCAUCGCCGGUAGGUAUUGUUUAAAUGUGUUUAAAAACGUAAAUAUGUGAAUUGUGUGUACUUAAGUGCUAAAAAAGUGAGACAGAUUUACUUAGCAUGAAACUUGUGAUAUGCUAAUUACCCACGAGUUAGAGGGUCGGCAAAAUGGCGUUUCGGGCGCUCUGCUAAUUGUUUAUUCAUAUUUUCAUAUGCAGUUUGCUACAGAUAGGGCAGUACAUAUGCGAUUUCAUAUAUUGUGCAUAAUUUGAUUGUGUUGUUUUGUCUGUUUUCUUUAGUUUCACCCUUUUGAGUGUUAAUAAACCUGCUUAGACAUAGCCACGUCUGUAGAGUCGUUGAUACGAGAAAGGUGUUCAUAGCCACGACUAUCGUGACGGCACAGUCUCUAUUUAGCGUCGCAUUGGAUAUAGAGAACGCACGGAGAGUUGGUCUCACCUACUUUUUUAUUGCAGGAUUAACGGUUACUGUUGGCCGCAACCACGCCGAACAAGCAAUCACCAAAACAAGCUGUUUUUCCAACCUCAUUUGUUAUCCGCGCGCUUCCUCUCUCUCCUCCAGACACAUUCUCGCAGUCGGACAUCCGGGCAUUAAUGAUGUCACCAGCCACAACAAUGCGUCGCCAUAUUGAAAUGGGGGCAAAACACGAGUCACAAGCAGUUGCUCUGUCCUUUAUUGAAGUACAAACGCGUUGAACUUUUGUCUUAUUUGCGGUCUUUUUUUCCAUCGGAAUGACUAAAAGUUGCCGUGUUGAGGUUUGUAACACAAGGAAGAGUUCGGAGCCGCAUUUGAAGUUCUUUAUUCUUCCUCGUGAGAAGAAAAGGACAAGCAAAUGGCUGAAAGCAAUUAAUUAAGGAACAGUAAAACAAGACGGUUCAGUGGACCAUUCUCGCCAGUGGGAACCUAAAUCCAGGCACAUUUACUGUACGUUUGCAGCUGACAUUUUAUUACUGGUGAGUAAACUUUAAUCGAUUUUUCUUGCCCCAAUUAGCUGCUAGGAUUCAAUAGACUAAGCAUUUUUAUUAUUACCGUAACUGACAACUUGCAAAGCGUUAUUUUUCUUUUGCCAUGAACUGCUCUGAUCGGUCAAUCGGUAUAUUAUUGGCCUGGUGGGAAUUGGUUAUUUUGCCGUGACGUGUUCACAGCUAAAUAACGCUUGGAGGCAAAUUACCGGUUACGGCAGAAAUGAUCACUCCGUAUAUACUACCAGUUUUCUUAGUUCCUCACAGUACAUAUUCCACGUAAUUGGUAAAGGUCAACUUACUGGGUGACUUUGUGAGGUAGUUGUAGAUGUUA